CAACCCUGCAUCAUUAUCAAUGACGUUCCUAUUUCGAAAUCGAUUUGACAAAUUCGAAACUCUGCCAUCUUUCUUUUUCGCGAAUCCUCUCGCUAGUGUGAAGAUAAAAACACAAAAUGCAAUUGUUUGUGCGUGGUUUUGAAACUGUCGAACCUUUCGAGGUGCUGCCCACCGCUACUGUUGGCGAUGUUAAGGCACAAAUCGCUCAAGCCCAUGGCUUGAAUACCGAAGAAAUCAUAUUGAAUUGUGAAGGUAAUUCUCUAUGCAAUGAUGCCGCUGUGACCUCAUUGGCAUCCUUCGAGUUGGAUAUCACAGUCCCAAUGUUGGGUGGUAAAGUGCACGGUUCUUUGGCGCGUGCCGGAAAGGUCAAGGGACAGACACCCAAGGUGGAGAAACAGGAAAAGAGGAAGAAGAAGACCGGUCGUGCAAAGCGAAGGAUCCAAUACAACCGCCGUUUCGUGAACGUUGUACAAGGUUUCGGUCGCCGCCGUGGCCCCAAUGCCAACUCUAACUAAGUUUAUUACUGGCUAAUUGAUUGGGUUAUUCCUUUUUUACGUGUAAAAUAAAAGAUGAUUUUCACAAACUUGUAUUAAAGUAAUAUAUAUAUGUGAAAAAUUC